GAGAGAAAGAGAAGAGAUGCGAGUGUUGAGGUAGAACAUCUGGAGUUGGCUGAAUCAGACUGUUUUUUCCCCUCGACUGCCUGACAGCAAUCUGCUGUAGAAGACACAGACUCCCAAGAUGAUUUGCUGUCUGGAGCUAUCCUGAGGUGGCCAAUGCCGUCGGCUCUCUUUGACAUGCCGUUGUGGCAGGCGCUGCUAAACUCCACCCUCACCCACAAUCAAAGCAACAGUAGUCUGUUCCUGCUUGACGUCCCCUGCUGGCAAUCCAGCACCAUGACACUCACACUAGUGCUAUGCUACUGCCUGGUGCUUAUUUUGGGCUUGCUCGGUAACAUCCUCCUCAUUUGCAUUAUUAUGCACCAGCGGGACCCUCCUAACGUCACUAGCAUCCUCAUUGCCAACCUGUCGGUCUCUGACAUCCUAGUGAGUGUGUUCUGCCUUCCCUUCACUGUGGUUUACACACUCAUGGACCACUGGAUUUUUGGUGCGCUGCUAUGUCGCCUGAUGCCAUUUGUGCAGUGUGUGUCUGUCACAGUUUCGGUUCUGUCCCUAGUUUUGAUUGCACUUGAAAGGCAUCAGCUCAUCCUGCACCCGUCUGGCUGGAAGCCGAGCGUCCCACAGGCAUACAUUGCCGUUUUGACUGUGUGGCUGUUGGCCUGUGUAACAUCAUUACCGUUCCUGGCGUUCCACUUGCUCACCAGCGAGCCAUACAGUUUGUUUCCAGCGCCGCUCAGUCAGCUGCAGGUCUGUCUGGAAGUUUGGCCUUCUCAAGAGCACAAACUUGCCUACACCACCAGCUUGUUGCUAUUCCAGUACUGCUGUCCUCUGCUCCUCAUGCUACUUUGCUACCUUCGCAUCUUCCUCCGGCUGCAGCGAAGAGAACGCAUGCUGGAGCGCCAGUGCAGCCGCAACAGAGAGGAUGAACACAGGCGUGUGAUGCACAGUAAACGCAUAAACGUCAUGCUUGCCACUUUGGUAGCUGCGUUUGCUGUGUGCUGGCUGCCUUUAAAUGCCUUCAAUGUGGUGGCAGACUGGCACCAGGAGGUGCUGCCCGUGUGCAACCACAAUCUGCUGUUUUCACUCUGCCAUCUGUUAGCCAUGAGCUCCACCUGCGUCAAUCCCAUCAUCUAUGGAUUCCUCAACAGCAACUUCCGCAAGGACGUGGCCUCCGUGGUGUUACACUGCCAUUUUCAGCCACUAGAGGACAGCUACGAACACUUUCCAAUGUCUACAAUGAACACUGAUGUGUCACGGACAUCUUUUAGACUCAGAAACAAUUCUGUGUAAGCGUCCUAAUCAAUUUAUGAUGAUGAAUGACAUUAAAACCAGUACUGAGUUUGAAUGUACAAUGAGUAUCCACUGCAGUGCCAAACCUUUUACACAGUCUUCAGCCCUGUGAUCUUAAUUAACAUGUUGAUUAAAGGGGUCAGUUUAUGUUGUUCUGAUCUCUUGAGAUCUUUGUUCUAUUUCAGAAAUCACUGUAAGAUACUUUGAAUGAGAUCUGAGAGCUCCCUCAUCCUCCAUAGACAGCAAUGCUCCUGAGAGUUCAACGUACAGAAACGGAUUCAAAAACAUUGAUAGAACAUUCCAUGUGUCUUCAGUGGUUCAACUAUGAUUGUACAAAGCUCCGUGAACAUAUUUUCUUCUUUGUAAGGUCAUCAGGAUGUACAUUUGCUAAUAGAUUUAGCAGUACAACACGCAAGUGUCAUAUUCCAAAUAGUAAAUGCCCACCCUGAUCUAAUGCAGAACAAAUUGGCAUCAAACCACUGAAGUCACAUGGAAUACUUUGAAAAUCGCUGCAUCCAAAAUUACCUCAGAACUUUUGGCUUUUGAAUUUAUCACAUGGCCUACCCACAUCAGUUGCAUCACUUCACUCCCAUUCAUAAAAUUUUCUCGUGGUGCAUCAUGGGAUAGCAUAGCAUCCAUCGAAUGCACACUUCAGAACCUGCAUCCCAAAUAGCAUGCUCUACACUAUGCACUAUGUACCUAUGCAUUUACACACCCAAUAGCAUAGUAUAGUGUCGUUUUAACUUUUUUUUACAAGGUGGAAAUUUAAACAGUUUCCCAGAUGACGUUAGUCAGUUGCCAAAAUGGUGAAAUAAAUGACCAAACUACCAAAUAUACGUGCUAUGAGUAUAACCACAUUCUCAAUAGGGAGGUGGUAUAAUCACUCAAGUAGGAAACUUUUGCUUUCACAUAAUGUAAUCCAACAUGAGCCCAAAAAGCUCCACCCCUUCCACUAUGUGAGGAAAGUUGCAGUCGUUGAGUGUGUGAAGUGUCCAACAUUCCACACUUUAUU